AUGAAGGCUACACAGAGUAGACAGAAGAGUUAUCAUGAUAAGCGAAGGAAGGAGUUAGAAUUUGAAUCAGGUGACCAUGUGUUUCUAAGAGUCACGCAUGUGACUGGUGUUGGUCGUGCCCUGAAGUCAAAGAAGCUGACUCCACGAUUUAUCGGUCCUUAUCAGAUUUCAGAGAGAGUUGGUACUGUCGCUUAUAGGGUGGCGUUACCGCCUAACCUGUCGAAUCUGCACGAUGUGUUUCAUGUGUCACAGCUUCGGAAGUAUGUUCCAGAUCCAUCUCACGUGAUUCAUAUGGAUGAUGUGCAAGUGAGAGAGAACCUUACAGUAGAGACGAUGCCGAUUCGGAUCACAGAUCGUGAGAUAAAGUCCCUUAGAGGUAAAGAUAUCCCGUUGGUGAAAGUAGUCUGGACGAGGACUACCGGAGAAAGCAUGACGUGGGAAAUGGAGAGCAAGAUGCGAGACUCCUAUCCCGAGUUGUUUGAACGAGUGUUUAGUUGA